UUAAUAAAUAAGGAUUUCCCUACAUAUCAUGCUACAGGAUUCUAUUCAACUGUAGCUAGAAUGAAUCAUUCAUGUUCUCCAAAUGCUAAAGUAAUAUUCAAUAAUACUACUAAUAAGAUGGAAGUAAUAUCAUUGAAACCUAUAAAUAUUGGUGAUGAGAUAAGGAUAUCAUAUGUACCAAUAGAUCUAGAUCUUAAUACUAGAAGACAUCGUCUUAAGGAUUAUGGUUUCUUAUGUAAUUGUCAAAGAUGUCUUACAGAGCAACAACAACAACAACAAGA